CAGAUUAAAGGUCUUGGAGGGUGUGGGUACAGAAAAAACAUGUUAUGUAGACCUAUAGAUAGUCAUACGUGUUUUUCACCCUGUUGUCAUUCCAAAGUCCAUAAUAUUGGGUGAAUUAGCAUGAACAACACAUAAUAUUACCCACAGUAUUCCCCCUUUUGAUUACAUCAAACAUGUAAUCACCACCUAAAAUAAGAGGAGCAAGACGCUACCUCCACAUAAUAAAUCCCCAUAUAUGAACAAAAUAAAAUAAAAUAAAAAAUUUGUUAGCUUUAGCUUUUUUAUAACAUUUCCCAGAUUCUUGUUAACACAAUAUACUUGAAUAACAUAGUACAUAAUCAAUACAUGACACUCGGACAGCGAAAAUAAGAGACCAGGAGCACAUACUCAGGAAGGUUUUAUCUCUAUUUAAUCAAUGGAUAAAUUUGUAGGGUUUCAAUCAAACCCAAUUAUUGGAGUCAGAACGUGAGAGCUGAGAAUCAGCAGAGAGUAACACAAUUUGGGAGACGGGAGCAUUUCGUGUUAAGGCAGUAGUAAUUAAUCGUUCUACUAGUGAUCUGAGACAUGGAAUAAUGCAACAUCCAAUUACAACUAAAACAGCUAAUAUAAUCAGUAUAGUGGUACAUAUGGAUAUUAUAGUAGCCGUCCAAGGGCCAAAUAUUUUGUAGAGCCAGUUAAACCAAGUAUCUUCAGAUACGCCAGAAUUCCUACCCAGUUCCUCAGACAAGGAUUUGAGUUUGGACAAAGCUUUAAUAAUCUUUCCAUCAGGGGAUGUGUUGUUUGGUAUAUAGGUACAGCAUUCAGUUCCAAACAUGCUGCAUACAGAUGAUUCUUUGGCAAGUAGCAUAUCAAGGGCAAUUUGAUUUUGCCAAGCCAUAAGUGAGGUAGGACCUAACUGUUCAACGAUACCUUCCAAUGCUUCAAUCGUAUAAUAACAACAGAGGAUUGCAUCGUUGAGUAAUUGAUUUACGCCCUCUACAAUGUUUUAAAUCUGCUUGAAAAGCUGCAUCAUCUUUUCUAUUUUUUAUUAGAGUAAUUCUUUGUGGGUCAAUUUUAAAAGUAUUUUCUGCUGGUUUUUGCUGUCCAUCGGUACUGGCUAUAACUCUGGCGAUCUCUGUUGCAUAAUUGUUUUCUUUUGACAGGCAAGUGUCUUUACAGACAACUUGUACAUUUAAUGCAUGGUCUAUAGCUGGUAUAACCGAGCAUGCAAUCUAAUACUUCACAUACAUCAAAUACUAUAUUACAAGUUUGUCCUUCGUAGCAAAGUUUUACUAUUUUUGGUGCUCCCCUUUUUACCCUUUUCUGUGCUCCUUGUGUCUUACUGUUUUUGUCGUCUGCCAACUCCAUGUCGUGGCUUGUCAUUUUGCUUGUUGACUGUCCGAGGUCAGUAGUGGUUUCAAAGCUUCUAUUGAUAGGGACUAUAACAAAACAAAUAAAGCAAAAAGAAAUUAGCAUAAUCAAAGAUAGACAUAGAAAAUUUCUCAUAAAGCAUGGCCUGUACUCUCCUUUUAAAUUAUUUCCCCCUUUUCUUCCCCUCCUCUGCUGGAGCCCCAGUAGCGGACGGCGGUCGAGGUGCGUCUUCAGGUCCUCUGCAUUCAGCGACAUCUGGAUUCGAUUGAUCUUCUCCAUCUUCAUCUUGGAUGAAUCCAGAAACGCGUCUCGUUUGGAUGUGAGUUCCCAGGUGCAGAUGAAUGGAACGCUCAAUAAGGAAGCCCCCAUUGGCAGAGAGUCUGAGCCGCCUGCAAAGCCCCUCAAACAGGCCAAUGGUGCGACCCAGGCAAAACCGAGCCAGACUGUGGUGAAACAGAGUCCCAAACCUGAGACUGCAUGGUCAGGCGAGCUGCUGCUGUUUGGGAAACACGCUGGCAAAAGCUUCGAGUGGCUCCUGCAGAACCAUGAAAACUAUGCGGUGUAUGUGGUGGCCACUCACCUGAAAGAGAGAGACGAGGGGAACAUGUCUCAGAAUAAACUCAUGAAGAACAAGGACGCUCUGGCUGAGUAUGUGAGACACUUUUCACAUGUGAUGGAGGAGGUUCAUUUUUACAGAGAAGGACUGGCUCCUAUUGGCUUUGGAAAAUAUGCAGACGUCACUCGCCAGGAGUUAUACAACUCCACAGACGAGAAGAAGAAAAGUUAUGUGAACUGGCUGCGCUCCUUGGAGUUCUCAGCGGAAGGAGAUCAGAUGGAGGCUGUUCUGAAAUACAUCUCACAUCGCGAUAAAAAGGGUGCUAGCUGCCCCUUCUCCAGAUUUAUGCCCCCACCCAAGAGAAGAUCACCUCGAAGGAGCGCCCAAUCAGAGAACAGAUACAUUGCUGCAAAGAAGCCAUGUUUCUGAUUCAAGCGGCGUCACUUUCCUCAAACUGGAAAUGACCAAGUUAAGCUUUUUAGAUUUAGGUUUGAUAAAAUGUUCUAUUGUUGCCAUUGUUGUUUGUUGCUUAUAUCUGUGUGUAUCUUCUCUCUAUCAUGUUGUCUUCUUCUAAAUUCACUUUUUAAACAUUCAUUUAAACAGUCAUUUUUACCGGCACCUCAAAGAACAUGUGUAGUUUUGCUGUAACUACUGUUGGAAACUUCUUACCUGUGCAGCCAGAACCACACGCUGAGACAAAACUUCACAAAGAUGAGUGGGCCUGGACCAUAGACUUAGACUUACACUUACACAAACUUUAUUGAUCCACAGUGUUGGGAGUGACGUGUUAUAAAAGUAACAAAUUACUGUAAUGCGUUGCAGUAAUUUAAGACAUUACGGGAAUAAAAUGUUAAUAUUUUACUCGGUACAAAUGUGAGUAACGCGCGUUCCAAUGCUUUUUUAACCUGGAUUGAAGUGGUGGGUUUUUCUUCAUACAAAUUCACUAAAAUCACCGCGAUAUCAGCAGAGGAGAAACACCGGAGACGCGCCCACGUAGACCAUCAGGUGACCGCGAGCGAAAGGACCGACGCAGAACUCCACGCUCCACGGGGCUAAACGCAGCUGACGCCCGAUCACACCUUCAGACACCGUGUUCCAUGUGCUCAGGGUUCUCUCAGGGGCGGAACUAGAUUCCAAGUUCUAGUCUAAGAUUAGUCCUGGUUUAGACCAUGGUUUAGACCAUGGUUUAGACCAUGGUUUAGUCCUGGUUCAGUUCUGGUUUAGUCCUGGUUUAGUUCUGGUUCAGCUCUGGUUUAGACCUGGUUUAGUCCAUUAUACGGUGCAGAAGUUCAGCAUCUUUGCAGUUAUUUUGGUGAGAGUAACUUAAAAGUAAUGUAAUAGUAAUGUAAUGUUUUACAUUUUAAAUGCAGUUAUAUUGUAAUGUAACAGAUUUGAAAUGACAGAAACAAGUCAUAAAUAACACAUUACACUUUAAAAGUCACUUGCCCAACAGUGUGGAUCCACAAGGGAAAUGAUUUGGACACAGUAACUCACACAUCACAAAAAAAACAAAACAAAGACCAAACAUAUAAAUAGUAAUAAUCAGUUCUAAAUAAGAAUCAAAAAAGAGCAAGAGACACGUAAGACAGAAUUAUAUAAAUGUAAAUGUAUAAGUCAAAACAAAGUAGAAAAAUAAGUAAUAAAAUAUAAUAUAAGUUUAUAAAGAAGUGGACUAAGGGAGUGUGACAUCACCCAUAGCAUUUGGCUCCAGUCAAAUGAAGCUCAUGAGGCCAGCACUUACAGGGGGAAAUUUGGAACCAGUUCAACAUUAAGAACGGGAAUUGAUUUACAGACAAAAUCGCAAAACUAAAACACCAAGAUCAUGUGGAGUGGGUUAAUAUAAACAUUUUAGCUGCAGGUUAUCGAUGUCCAUUUAUACAGUCUAUGGUCUAGAACCGACUCCAUCUCCAGAAUUCACAGACAGACGGAUUUACUAAUCAGAGACACACAUGAAACAAACUUUUAUUUAUACAGUAAGUUAUACAUUUGUGCUGUGGUUGCAUCAUCCUCAGGUACGACAGUUUUUUCUCGCUCUGUGCUUCGAUUACAGACACUUCUGGAGUCAAACAGAAUCUAAAAGGGACUGACUGCUCAGGCAAAAGCAAACCACAAGAUAUUUACUGUUCAAAUGAUGAAAAGAAUGUGAAGUAUUAAUUUAUUUGAUGCAUUUCCUGUUCCUAAAUAAAAUGAUGAUGACUUUCAGGUAGCUAAAGUAACCUCAUGACCUGUGUCUGUGUUGUCACCAGAUAUGAUGUAAGCCAGGGGUGUCCAAACUUUUUUCGUCAAGGGCCACAUUUCUAAACACAGAUGAAGCAGAGGGCCGAUCGAGGACUGUAGACUGGUGCUCAGUACAGGAAAUAAUUGAAAUAUGUGCAUGUUUAUCAUGUUAGAAUGAGCCAUCAGUCUUUAUUCAUGCUAAAAUCCUUAAACUACACACAAAAUAUGAAAUAUUUGCUUUAUCAAGGUAGAUUUUCAAAAAACUUGCAGCAAAAAAAUUCCUUUUUAAUUGAUGCAAGGUCAUUUGGGCCAAUUUACCUGGAAGCCUGAGGGCCAAGAAAAAUGUGUCCGAGGGCCGCAUUUGGCCCCCGGGCCAUAGUUUGGACAUGCCUGAUGUAAGCUCUAUGUAAGAUUUUGCCUUUACAUUUCAUAAACAUGAUCUAACUGUUCCCAGAUGUGAGGGAAAUAAGUUUAAAUCAAAUAAAGCUUUUACUGAUAACAAA